AUGAAGUCCUGUUCAAUCAUCCUUACAUUUUUCGCGCUCGCAACAACCGGCCUGGCAGCAAAGACGUGCACGCCUAGCUUUGAUUAUUGCGCUGAUGUCCUGAUCAAGGACAAAGGAUUCACCGAAGCCGAUCUCAACGACGUGUUGAAGGGUUCAGACCUGGAGGGCAAGGACCUCAAGAAUAUCCUCUUCCAUUGCAAGAACCCUGGCGAUGUUGGACAUGCCAAGCUUUGCGAGGGUGGAUGCAAAGACCCAACGACCGAGGGUAGCCAUUCGUGCUCAGCGUAA